AUGGUUAAAGCAUUACUUGCAGUAUCUUCAUAUCACGGUCCAUUCUACCCAAAUGGUGACCACACUGGUGUAUUCGCUUCUGAAGCAAUUGAGCCUUUUUUGGAACUAGCACAAAAGGGGUUUGAAAUUACAAUUGCCUCAGAAACUGGUGAAUACGAAUAUGACCCUCAUUCAUUGACAGAGGAAGCAUUGCUGGGAAAAGUGAAAGAGGUUUACGAAAACAAAGACUCUGCAUUCAACACUGCUUUGAAAAACAUUAAAAAGGCAUCGGAUGUAGUUGACGAAAAGUUUCACUUGUUCUUUGCCAGUGCCGGUCAUGCUACAUUGUAUGAUUACCCUAAAGCCAAAAACUUGCAAAAGAUAUUGAUCAAUACGUAUUUGAAUGGCGGCGUUGUUGCUGCUGUUUGUCAUGGACCUGCCAUUUUCAACAAUCUCGAAAACCCAGAAACUAAACAGCCAUUCAUCAAAGGUAAAAAGAUCACCGGCUUCACUGAUAAAGGUGAGGAAGAAUUAGGUUUGACUGAUGUUAUCAAAAAGGAACAUUUGUUAACAAUUGAGGACAUUGCCAAAAAGGAAGGUGCCACUUAUGUUGCUCCAAAGGGACCAUGGGAUUCCUUUUCUGUCGUUGAUGGCAAAAUUGUUACUGGUGUCAAUCCUCAAUCCGCCUUUGCAACUGUUAGAGAUGCCAUUGUUGCUCUUGAAUCGGUUAAUAAUUAA